AUGAAAAAAAAAGGAAGAGUAGAAAGACCAAAUUGGUUAAUCAGUGGGUUUAGACAAGCGGUUCAAGAUGCUGGCUUGGUAGACAUUCCAAUGGAAGGUUACGUGUUCACGUGGUUCAAAAGUCUAAGUACGGCACGAGCAGUUGAAAAAAAAUUGGAUAGAGCUAUGGCAAACAACGCUUGGUGCGGGCUGUUUCCGAAUGCUAAGAUGAAGAGCUUACCGGCUACAACCUCUGAUCACUACCCCAUCUUUCUCUGUUGUGAUCCGCCUUCGGCUCACGUAACGACUCGGAAAGUAUUCAGAUUCGAGAAUGCUUGGUUGAUGGAACCAGGUUUCAGCGAUUUUGUUCACGAACAGUGGCUUAGACAUGGUGAAGAUUAUGACAGUAUUAUGAAGAAAUUGGAAGCCUGUGGAGAUAGUUUGCUUCACUGGAGUAAAAAUAAUAGCAACAAGACUAGAAUUGAUAUUGAGAGUAUCAGUAGAAAGCUUAAUAUUGUUAGACAGCAUGUUGAAGGGGAUAAUUUUAAUUAUUUUACAGCUCUUAAACACCGCUUGAAUUCUCUUCUGAAAAAGCCAAGUUCUCGGGACCAGGUUCUUCAAGCUAUUAACACAUCCAUUACUACUGAAGAUAACAAUAUGUUGACUAUUCCAUUUGUUAUUACUGAAUUUAAAGAUGCUAUUUUUUCUAUGCAAGCGGAUAAAAGUCCGGGUCGUGAUGGGUUUAAUUUUGGCUUCUACCAUCAGUUUUGGGAUAUAUGUGGGGUCAAAAUCUUCAAUGCCAGUUGCUUAUGGCUGGAAAGCGCUAAAGUUCUCGCUAAUCGGCUUAAGCGAGUCCUUGACAAAUGUAUUUCUGAUAAUCAAUCGGCUUUUGUGCCGGGAAGAUCUAUUUUGGACAAUGCCAUGGCAGCUAUUGAGAAAUGGAUUGGGUGGAUUAUGCUUUGUGUAGAAACUGUUGAUUAUUCUGUGGGUGUGAAUGGUAAUAUGGUGGGUCCGAUUGUUCCGGGACGGGGAUUGAGGCAAGGUGACCCUUUGUCUCCAGCAGCUAUUAGCGAAGCAAAUAUGAUGAAGAAUAUUCUUACCACUUAUGAAGAAGUCUCUGGUCAAGCUAUCAAUUUCCAGAAGUCUGAAUUCUAUUGUAGUAGAAAUGUUGAUUCUGGACUUAGAAAUCUCUUGGCUGGUACCUUAGGACUUCAACAAGAAUUAGGUACCGGAAAAUAUCUUGGAGUCCCCUCUAUGAUAGGAAGAAACAGGAAAGCUACUUUCAAGUUUAUCAAAGACAGAAUUUGGAAGAAGAUAAACUCUUGGAGUAGUCGAAGUCUCUCGCAAGCAGGUAGGGAAACGCUUAUAAAAUCUGUUCUCCAAUCUAUUCCGACAUAUAUUAUGAGUAUCUUCUUACUUCCUUCAUCCUUGAUUGAUGAAAUUGAAAAAAUGUCGAACUCGUUCUGGUGGGGUCAUACAAAAGAUAACUCAAGUAUUCAUUGGUUAUCAUGGGACAAGCUGUCUAUGCCUAAGAAAUUUGGUGGUAUGGGGUUCAAAAAUCUAAGUGCUUUCAAUUAUUCCAUGUUAAGCAAACAAGCUUGGAGCCUUAUGACUAAGCCUAACACCUUGGUUUCGCGCCUUUAUAAGGCUAGAUACUUUCCCAAGUGUGAUUUUCUUAAUUCAGAGAUUGGACAUAAUCCGAGUUAUGUCUGGCGUAGUAUUUGGAGUGCUAAAUUUGUGGUGCGAGGAGGGAACAAGUGGAGCAUUGGUACGGGCGGGUGCAUCUCGGUUUGGGAUCAAAACUGGUUAUACGACAGCUUUGUGGUUACUAAUUUGUGGCCCAACAAUCUGAUGGUGGCAAAUCUCAAAGUUUCAGAUCUUAUUAACCCAACUUGUAAACAAUGGAAGUUGAAUUUGAUUUAUCCGUUAGUAGGUGGUGAAGUGGCGCAGAAAAUUGCAAACACUCCAUUAUUCGAAGCGGUACAUGAGGAUAGAGUGUUUUGGAAUCUUGAGAAGAAUGGUAUUUUUUCUGUGCGUAGUGCCUAUCGUUACUGUGUCAACGAAGCCAUAGACACCUCUCAUUUGCGUAUUAAUAAAAAUUGGGAUUUAAUUUGGAAUAUGAAGAUCCCUCCAAGAGUCAAGAACUUCUUGUGGCGCUUAUGUAGAAAUUGUGUCCCUACUAGAACACGUCUCAUUGACAAAGGUGUCGGGUGUCCUGAUAGUUGUGUGAUAUAUGGGAAUGGUUAUGAGAAUAAUAAUCAUUUAUAUUUUCAGUGUCCUAAGAGUAUUGUCUAUUGGGAAAAAGUGGGGCUUUGGCAAACUAUUCAGCAGUUAGUCAACAACGGAGGAGAUUUUAGUUCUGUUGUAUUUUCUUUUCUGCAGGUCUCUACUCAUGAAAAUCAGGCAGUCUUUUCUACUAUCUUGUGGAGUAUUUGGAAAAGUAGAAACAAUGCCCUUUGGAAUCAAAUCGAAGAUUCUCCAGAUAAUAUCUGCUUGCGAGCUCGGACGGAAUGGUUUUCUCCUAUUACUGAUGUUGAUACCGUCGAAGCUCUUGGACUCUUAGCUGCUAUUAAUUGGGUUUUGGACCUUGGCUACGAUAAUGUGGUUUUCGAGUCGGACUCUAAAAGUGUAGUGGAUAGUGUGACUAUUCAUAAGCCAAACGACUCAGAUUUUGGCACCAUUACUCGAGUUUGUUAUCAGGUUCUGACUCACUCUACUAGGAACUUUCAGAUUAAGUUCAUUAGAAGACAAGCUAAUGAGGUUGCUCAUGCUUUGGCUAAGGCGACUCCAUCUCUUGCUAGUUUUCAUAUUUUUAACGAUAAAUUAUUCAUCCCAGAUUAUCAGUUGUGUAGAUUUUCUUCUGGACUAUCUUCCAAAUGA